UUAAAGCAGCGUGUAAGCUGAGAUGCUACCACAGACAGCGGCGCGGUGGCGGCCGCAGCAGCAGCUCCCCGAGCCUACGCGGACGCCCGCCUUUCGCCCCCGCCGCAUAGCGGGGCAUGAGAGCGACCGACCCGCAGCUCUAGGUACCCCCGGGCCCCAUGGCGACGUCCUGCGCUGCCCUCCGCCUCCUGCUGCUCCUCUUCUGCCUGCCGGGGCUGCGGCUGGGGACGCGGGGCAGCGGACAGCGUCCGCGGGGCUGCCCGGCGCCGUGCCGCUGCGAGCAGGAGGGCAUGCUCGUCCGCGCCGACUGCUCCGACCUGGGGCUCACGGCCGUGCCCGCCAACCUCAGCGUCUUCACCUCCUACCUUGAUCUCAGUAUGAACAACAUUACUAAGCUGCCCUCAAACCCUGUGCACAAUCUCCGCUUCCUGGAAGAGCUACGUCUUGCAGGAAAUGGCUUGACAUACAUUCCUAAGGGAGCAUUUGCUGGCCUUUUCAGUCUUAAAGUGCUGAUGCUGCAGAAUAACCAACUGCGCCAGGUCCCUACUGAAGCACUCCAGAACUUGCGCAGCCUGCAGUCUCUACGUCUGGAUGCCAACCACAUCAACUAUGUGCCCCCCAACUGCUUCAAUGGCUUGGUCUCCCUUAGACACCUGUGGCUAGACGAUAAUUCUUUGACAGAAAUUCCUGUCCAAGCUUUUAGAAGUUUACCAGCACUUCAGGCAAUGACACUGGCACUGAAUAAAAUUCAUUACAUACCAGACUAUGCUUUUGGAAACCUCUCUAGUUUGGUAGUUCUACAUCUCCAUAACAAUAGAAUCUACUCCCUGGGAAAGAAAUGCUUUGAUGGGCUCCACAGCCUAGAGACUUUAGAUUUAAAUUACAACAGUCUGGACGAGUUCCCCACUUCUAUCAGGACACUAACAAACCUAAAAGAACUGGGAUUUCAUAGCAACAACAUCAAGUCAAUACCUGAGCGUGCAUUUGUGGGUAAUCCGUCACUUAUUACAAUACAUUUUUAUGACAACCCUAUCCAGCUUGUUGGAAAAUCUGCUUUUCAACACUUACCAGAACUCAGAACUCUAACUUUAAAUGGUGCUUCACAGAUAACAGAGUUUCCUGAUCUGACAGGGACUACAAGUCUGGAGAGUUUGACACUCACAGGAGCACAGAUCACCUCUCUCCCCAAAUCAGCUUGUGACCAGUUACCUAAUCUCCAAGUACUGGAUCUGUCAUAUAACCUGCUGCAAGAGUUGCCUUGUUUUACUGCCUGUAAAAAACUUCAAAAGAUUGACUUGCAUCAUAAUGAAAUCAGUGAAAUCAAAGCAGACACAUUUCGGCAGCUGGCUGCUCUUCGGUCUCUGGAUUUAGCUUGGAACAAAAUUAAAAUUAUUCACCCCAAUGCCUUCUCCUCUUUACCAUCUCUGAUCAAACUGGAUGUGUCAUCCAACCUUUUGUCCUCUUUUCCUGUGACGGGGCUACAUGGUUUAACUCAUUUAAAAUUAACAGGAAAUCAUGCCCUACAAAGUUUGAUAUCAUCUGAAAAUUUUCCAGAACUCAAGGUUAUGGAAAUGCCUUAUGCUUACCAGUGCUGUGCCUUCGGAGCUUGUGAGAGCCACUACAAAAUCUCCAGCCAAUGGAGCAAAGAUGAGAAUAGCAGCAUUGAUGAUUUCCACAGGAAGGAUGUGGGGUUGUUACAGAUUCAAGAUGAGCGUGACUUUGAAGACUUUUUUCCUGACUUUGAAGAAGAUUUGAAAGCUCAUCAUUCAGUGCAGUGCUCACCUUCUCCAGGUCCCUUCAAACCAUGUGACCAUCUAUUUGGUAGCUGGCUGAUCCGAAUUGGAGUGUGGACCAUAGUGGGUUUGACCUUUAUUUGCAAUGCACUGGUGUCUGCUACAGUUUUCAGAUCUCCAUUGUAUAUGUCCUCCAUAAAACUGUUGAUCAGUUUAAUAGCUAUUGUAAAUGCCUUGAUGGGUCUGGCCAGCGGAGUACUGGCUAGUGUGGAUGCAUCAACUUUUGGUAGCUUUGCUCAGUACGGAGCACAGUGGGAAAGUGGAAUUGGUUGCCAAAUAACUGGGCUUCUCUCAAUUUUUGCUUCAGAGGCUUCCAUUUUCCUCCUUACCCUAGCUGCACUUGAACGUGCAUUCUCUGUAAAACACGCUACAAAGUUUGAAACAAAAUCUUCCAUUGCUAGCAUAAAAAUUGCCAUUUUCUUUUGCUUUAUGUUGUCACUAAUCAUUGCAAUGAUACCCCUUCUCACUGGGAGUGAGUAUGGGGUUUCUCCACUUUGUUUACCACUACCAUUUGGAGAACCCACUGCUAUGGGCUACAUGGUAGCACUGGUAUUGUUGAACUCCCUUUGUUUUCUGGUAAUGACUAUUGCUUAUACAAAGCUCUACUGUAGUUUAGAAAAGGGAGAACUAGACAACAUCUGGGAUUGCUCUAUGGUCAAACAUAUAGCCUUGUUACUUUUUACUAAUUGCAUUCUUUAUUGCCCUGUGGCCUUCUUAUCUUUUUCCUCCUUGCUAAACCUUACUUUUAUCAGCCCAGAAGUGAUUAAGUCAAUACUGCUGGUGAUUGUCCCACUGCCUGCAUGUCUAAACCCACUCCUUUAUAUACUUUUCAAUCCACACUUUAAGGAGGACUUGGGAAGCCUUCGAAAGCAAACUUUGUUAUGGAGGAGAUCAAAACAUGCUAGUCUGAUCUCUGUGAAUUCAGAAGACAUAGAAAAACAAUCUUGUGACUCAACACAAGCAUUGGUAACCUUCACAAGUGCCAGCAUAUCAUAUGAUAUGCCUAGCAGCAAUUCACUAAUGCCAUCAUCUUAUCAAAUGACAGAAAGCUGCAAUCUUUCAUCAGUGGCAUUUGUUCCAUGUCGCUAGUUUCAGUGGCAUUCCAGAAAAUAUCUAUGUUUACAAAAUUUUUAAUCCCAAAAGUAGGUAUGGAUGUGUGUAUACACGCUGGAGAGUGCCUCUGAGUUACUGUUACACACAUCAGUAAACAGACAAUGACAAAACUUGCAGCAGGCUGAAAAUCAAAUACUUGAGCCUUCUCAGCCUGCUUCUGAAAUGCUGAGAUGAAGAGAGAAACUGCAAGUUGGUGCAGUGUGCAGUUGUAUCAGCUGCUCUCUUUUAAAGUAGCACUACUCAGAAAGGCGUCAGUUGUUCAAGAGCAAAGUUAGCACGUUAAAUUGGUAAGCUGUUUUCUCAAAGCAUCACCUGGUGCAGUUUUAUGAGCUUGGGUUCUCCCCACUUUCCCCCCUCCCCACUAUUGCAAUUUGGGUUUAUUAAUAGUUUUUAAGUGCCAUGAUAUUUUUCAUGAGCAUCUGUGUAUGGCCCUCAUUCAACAAGGUAUCUAAAUGGAAGAGCAGUCCUAUUAAGCAAAUAAAGGAUAUUAAUAUCAUAAAUUUAAAGCAGCUUAAGAAAGAAGUGAUUUGAUCACAUUUUGUAAGUGGCUACUUCUGGGAAACAGAAGUUUGAGAGCAGAGGACUGCUCAUUCAAGAGCGAAGAAUCUGGUAGGAUCAACUGGAAGUUGACACUAGGGAUAUGCAGCAUAGAAAUAAAGGUGCAAAUUGUUGACAGUGAUGGUCAUUAGGCAAUAGUACCAUCUGUCACCAAGAAUCUCUAAAUUCAAAUUGGAUAUAUUGCCAAAAAAGGUAUUGGAUCAGCUACUGGAAUUCAGGGACUUCUGAUGGCUUUAGUUCAGGAAAAGAUUAGAUUAGAUUAAUACAGAGUUCCUCUAUGGCUCUAAAUCCAUUAACACUUUGCUGAAUCAAGGCAUGUAUGUUUACACAUUAGAAGCAUCCCAGUUAGAGAUGAAAGACUUCAGGCCUUCCUUUGCCAAGUCUACCGUGAAAAUAUGUCAGGCCACAGAGCCACCUUCACUUCCCUAGAGUAUCAGUCUCUGACCUUGCCAAGCCAUCAGGGGAUAUUCCAGUAUCCUUUUCUCAGAACUGGCACCUUUUUCUUGAGUGAGCUGAUCAUUUAAGACAUACAAGUGCACAAAUCUAAUCUUUUUUUUGUUGUUAAAAAUAGCUCCCUGAGGAGUAACAUUUAAUAGCCCAGUGCUCACCGCUCAGUUAAUGGCCACUCAACCUCCAGGUGAAUUAGACUAAUUUUUAACAUUACCAAGGUUAUGCUAGCCCGGUAAUUAUGGUAAUCAGUUACAGAUGAUCUCUGUUGUUCAUCUGUUACUGUAUAUAAAACUUGCUGGGACUCAAAGGACAGAUUUUUCACAAUGAAGAAUUUGUUGCCAACAAUGGAUAUGCCUUGAUUUUCUUGUCCAUUCACACUGGCAUAUUUUCAGUUCUGCAGUUACAGAUGGCAUCAGUUGACUUUGGCUGACAUGUUCAUCCUUCAGGAAAAAACAUGAACCAAUGCUAGAAUUAUGUAUGACAAAGUCAGCUGAGAACUUAUCUUAAUCCUUUAUCUCUUGUGGGUUUUGAAGCAGUGCGGCAGACAGCUGCAGAAGGAUGCCUGAAACCACUUUGGAUUAAACAGAGGAUCAGUCAACCAUUGCACAAUACCUAUUACCAUGUUUACUUAGCUUUAAUUUAACUGGGGUCCAUCUGUGCUGCUCUGCUUAAUGUCAGUGAAAUUCCUUUCAGCUCGCUAUAUUUAAGAAGUUUGUAAAGUGAUUUGAGAAGCAAAUUAAGGUUAUAAUUCUAAAGGCUAGUUAAAGAAAGCUUCUUUUAUCAGAACUUUUCUAGCUUGCAGAAAGUCCUAAAGGCUUUGUGUCUUAUUUUUAUAAGCAUGUUUGAAAUAUUUUGAUCAGAUAUUUUAAACUUGAAAUUGUUAAAAUUCAUUUAAUAGAUUUUUAAAGUAAAAUGUGUAAAUAUAGAACUGUAUUUAUUAUUACAGUGAAAUGCAACCACAGUAAAGGACGUGAGAUUAAGCCCUGUACAGUUUCGUAUUGAUAUUUGCUAUAUUUUCUGCUCAUAUAUAUUACUAAAUUCAUUAUCUGUAAAUAAUAUAAUGUAAAUGUGUAGUGAUUGUAAAUAGGUGACAUGGUUUCUUUUCUAUCAGUGUUCCAAACAUAUGUAAGUUGUAAUAAAAUGUGACUACACAGUAAAGAGCAUUUAAUCAGGACCUAACACCUCACAAAAUUGCA